CUUAGUUAUACCCAUCUACUACGCACGGUUGCUGCAAGACUUUGUGGCAGACUUGUGGGGCUCAUGACGUUGUCCGGGCGCCGAGCCCACCGAUAAUGAUGGAUGGAUAACAUUGGUCCCGAGGCCCGAGGAUUUGAAUCUUUCUCGGUCAAUGAAAGACGCGAGACACGGCAUCGCCGCUGUCAAAUUGCUAGCCGCGCAUUUCGCUCCCUUAGCUUUAUGCUAGCGACGUCGUGGGCUGAGCGAGUCCUGUGUCCAUGAUGUCUGCGGACGACCAGGCCUUCCUGGACGUGCUGUCGUCCCUGCCGACCGAUAUACAAAAAUACUCGCGAGAUGUCGCCGACUUCGUGGACAGACAUGUCGACCAUAUAGCCGAGACUCUACGCGAUGCGCUCGCCAAGUCGCAGUGGGUGCCCGAGCAGUUCCGGCCACGACCGCCGCCUCCACCCACCAUCAUCACCGUCCCGACGUCUGCCCUCGAGAAGAUCCAGAGCUGGAUAUCGAGACACAAAAUCCUGGUUGGGUUUAUUGCCGUGACCACCGGCGUCGUCGCCUACCGCACAUACCGGAGCAGCGCGCUAUGGCGAAAGACGCGGCGAGCUAAACGGGCCCGGAGCGGCGGGCGGGUGGAGGUGGUGGUUAUCGCCGGCUCUCCGGCACUGCCGCUGACGCGGUCGCUAUCAUUGGAUCUGGAGAGGAAAGGCUUCAUUGUCUUCGUCGUCUCCAACAGCCAUGAGGACGAAGUCAUGGUUCAGAACCUGUCGCGCCCGGACAUCCGGCCGUUGAGCAUUGAUAUCACCGACCCUCCAAGUGCUGGCAACUCUAUCGACAAUUUUGUCCGCUACCUCCAGUCUCCCCACGCUGCGAUUCCCAACGGCAAACGGCACCACCUCUCUCUCCAAGCAGUCAUUCUCAUCCCGUCCCUUCACUACCAGACCUCGCCGAUCGCCACCAUUCCGCCUUCCAGCUUUGCCGAUCUCUUCAACACCCACCUCCUCCAACCGAUCCUCACGAUACAAGCCUUCCUGCCCCUGCUGACGGCGCGCCUGAACCCGACGGCUGAUAAAGAGCGGCCGAGCCCCAAAGUGCUCGUCUUCACGCCUUCCAUCAUCUCGUCGAUCAACCCACCAUUCCACGCGCCAGAAGCCACGGUCUGCUCCGCGCUCUCGGCCUUCACCGAGGUUCUCACGGCCGAGUUGCGGCCGUUGGGCAUCCCUGUAACCCACAUGCAGCUCGGCACCUUCGACUUCGUAGGGUUCACGCCCGCGGCCAACUCUCGCUUGGUGCAGCCUCACGGGCUGCUCCCCGCUCCCGAAGAUGCCGAGGCGCUCCCCUGGCCUGAUUCGGCGCGGCAUGCGUACGGCCGCAACUUUGUCUCGCAGUCUGGGUCCGCCAUCAGCGCCGGCCGGAUCAGGGGCCUGCGGGGCAGCUCGCUGAGGGAACUGCACAACGCUGUGUUUGAUGUCAUCGACGGAUCCAUCACGAGCGGGACGGUGCGUGUCGGCUUGGGAGCCAGCGUCUACGGGUUUGUGGGGCGGUGGGUGCCGAGGGGAUUGGUGGCCUGGAUGAUGGGAAUCCGGAGAGUCGACGAGUUGGCAACUUGGCAGGGGAACGGUUCCUCAGCUUUCGGGAGCCCGAAAUCAGCGGGAAGUGACCGCGAGGGAGUGGUCGGGAGCGACUCAUUUGUUACUGUCCCGCCUUUGGAGCAUGCUGGGGAGGCGAAUGUUUGGAAGGAAACUUGAGAAAAAGGCGAGGAAACCCCAUGACUGGUGUUUUGGUAUAGUGGCCGGUGCAGGCACCCCUCUCUCAGUAAAGACACCUCACGACUCUGCCUG